AUGAGGGCGCGCCUUCUGUCAACUUUGGACGCCCACUCCUCGCCCAUGAGGAAGCGACGGCUUGACGCCGAGGACGAGGACGAGGACGACGAGGACGAAGACGACGAGGAAGACGACGACGAUGACGGAGUCGCCCUCGCCCUCGUGGCGGAGGGCUGCCGCCAGGGCAUGGCCCUGAUGGCGGAGGCGGCAGAGGCGGCGGCGGGCGGCGGCGGCGGCGGUGCGGGCGGCGGCGGCUGGGGGGAGUGGUGGGCCGGUUUCGGCGCCGGCCUGGCCGUGGGCCUCGCCCUGCGCUGGGUGCUGGCGGGCGGCGGCGACGACGACGGCGGCGGCGAGGGCGGUGCGGGCGGCGGUGGCGGCGGCGAGGCAGCGGCGGCGGCGGAGGCCUUCACCAUUUAA